GGCGUUGACGCUGUAGCAUCCCUGCCUCCUUCUCCGCUGUAGCCACCGUUGAGCCCAGCCGCAGAGGCCGGGUAAAGCAUCCUUCCUCUCCCGCAAGUGGUGAGUCUAAAAGCUGGGAACCAUGACAACUCACGUAACCCUUGAAGAUGCUCUGUCCAAUGUGGACCUCCUGGAGGAGCUGCCAUUACCAGAUCAGCAGCCAUGCAUUGAGCCACCUCCAUCAUCCAUUAUGUACCAGGCCAACUUUGAUACAAAUUUUGAAGACAGAAAUGCUUUUGUAACUGGCAUUGCUAGAUACAUUGAGCAAGCAACAGUGCAUUCUAGCAUGAAUGAGAUGUUGGAGGAAGGGCAUGAAUAUGCGGUAAUGCUUUAUACUUGGAGGAGCUGCUCCAGAGCUAUUCCCCAGGUAAAGUGUAAUGAGCAGCCAAACCGAGUAGAGAUUUAUGAGAAGACAGUGGAAGUCUUAGAGCCAGAAGUGACAAAACUCAUGAAGUUCAUGUACUUUCAGAGAAAGGCCAUUGAACGAUUCUGUAGUGAGGUCAAGCGUUUGUGCCAUGCAGAGAGAAGGAAAGACUUUGUUUCAGAAGCGUAUCUACUGACAUUGGGAAAGUUUAUCAAUAUGUUUGCAGUCUUGGAUGAAUUGAAGAACAUGAAGUGCAGUGUCAAAAAUGACCAUUCUGCUUACAAAAGUGCCUGCAUCAGCAGCUGGAAGUGAUCCCUGGUUAUGAAGAACUGUUGGCUGAUAUUGUCAACAUCUGUGUGGAUUACUAUGAAAACAAGAUGUAUUUGACACCCAGUGAGAAGCAUAUGCUCUUGAAGGUGAUGGGUUUUGGUCUGUACCUGAUGGAUGGAAAUGUCAGUAAUAUUUACAAAUUAGAUGCUAAGAAGAGAAUCAACCUCAGCAAAAUUGAUAAAUUCUUCAAGGUCAGUGUAUGGCUUGAAUCUGACAUUGGUUUUCUGCCCAGAUGGACUUGCACUCAGAGCAGCAUCAGUCCACAGUAUAACAUCUGUGAACAGAUGGUACAGAUACGAGACGAUCAUAUCCGGUUUAUCUCUGAACUUGCUCGCUACAGCAACAGUGAGGUUGUAACAGGCUCAGGAUUGGACAGUCAGAAGUCAGAUGAAGAAUAUAGGGAGCUUUUUGACCUGGCUUUACGGGGACUUCAACUUUUGUCCAAGUGGAGUGCACAUGUGAUGGAAGUGUAUUCUUGGAAGCUAGUCCACCCGACAGAUAAGUUCUGUAACAAAGAUUGUCCAGGCACUGCUGAAGAGUAUGAGAGAGCUACAAGAUACAAUUAUACCAGUGAGGAAAAGUUUGCUUUUGUGGAGGUUAUUGCUAUGAUCAAGGGCCUGCAAGUGCUUAUGGGUCGCAUGGAGAGCGUCUUCAACCAGGCUAUCAGGAACACAAUCUAUGCUGCUCUACAGGACUUUGCUCAGGUGACCCUGAGAGAGCCCCUGAGGCAAGCGGUCAGGAAGAAGAAAAAUGUCCUCAUCAGAUGCUAUAGAUUAAUUAAUUUGGUUCCUGUGUCCCAUCAUGUUAAGGAGCAACCACUCAACAUUGCAUACAGCCACAUUUAUAGCUCUUACCGAAACUUUGUGGGACCCCCACACUUCAAGACAAUCUGCCGACUCCUUGGGUACCAAGGGAUUGCUGUUGUGAUGGAAGAAUUGUUGAAGAUUGUCAAAAGCCUGCUGCAAGGAACCAUCCUUCAGUAUGUGAAGACCUUGAUAGAGGUGAUGCCGAAGAUUUGCCGCCUGCCCAGGCAUGAGUAUGGAUCUCCAGCAAAUAGCCAUAGCCCGUGAAGGAGACCUGCUGACCAAGGAGAGAUUGUGCUGUGGGCUGUCCAUGUUUGAAGUUAUCCUGACCCGCAUUCGUAGCUACCUCCAAGAUCCCAUCUGGCGUGGACCUCCCCCAACAAACGGUGUCAUGCAUGUUGAUGAAUGUGUUGAAUUUCACCGACUCUGGAGCGCCAUGCAAUUUGUGUAUUGCAUUCCAGUUGGAACAAAUGAAUUCACUGCUGAACAGUGCUUUGGAGAUGGCUUAAACUGGGCUGGUUGCUCAGUCAUAGUUCUUCUGGGGCAACAGCGUCGUUUUGAUCUUUUUGACUUCUGCUAUCAUCUGUUAAAAGUGCAGAGACAGGAUGGGAAGGAUGAAAUCAUAAAGAAUGUGCCACUUAAGAAAAUGGCUGACAGGAUCAGGAAGUACCAAAUUCUGAACAAUGAGAUUUUUGCCAUCCUGAACAAAUACAUGAAAUCAGUGGAAACAGACAGUUCAACAGUUGAGCAUGUUCGCUGCUUUCAGCCCCCCAUCCAUCAGUCCUUGGCCACAACAUGCUAAAUGUUCAGCCUUGGAAAUACAGUGUGAAGAUUUGUGUCUUUCCAUUGGAUAUUGGCGAGAAAGGUUGGACUUCAGCUGUUGGAAGCCGAACAGCUGCAAACACAGGUCCUGCAACAAAGCAGACAUGGAUGGAUCCAGUACACAAAGAUACAUUUCCUAGAAGACUCGUUUGAAUGCAUGUUCUUCUAUAUCUUUCUGGCUGGCUUUACCUAUAGUGUUGAAACUGUGGUGAGAAGAAGCAGAAAGUGUUUUGUUUUGUUUUUUCCUCCUGGAGUUUCCUUUAUUUUCAUGACAACCCAUAAUCAUCUGUUCAAGCACAAAAAUCUGCAGUCUUUAAAUGGUCAUUGUUUUUGAGAUUCCAGUUAAAGAAGCCCACAUUUCAAAAUGUUGCAAGUCUUCCACUUGGUGCACACUGAAAUAACAAUAGUUUUCCUUGAUAACUUGGUUUUGAGAUACAAGUGCUUAAACAUUUUGAAAUUAUGAGUUUCUCCCCCUGUAGGUGAUACAGAAAAAACAUAUAAUUGUUUACUUGAAAUUAACAGGUUUUUACUAUAAUUGUUAUCUCGCCUUCUAGAAUUACUUUGCUAAGCCAAAUUUGGAAUUAGUUUACAGUGGAAUAUUAACAAACAAAUUUUCCCAGCUUUUGCAUUGACUGACAAUGCUAUGGAGAAAACAAAGUAAUGCUUUCUUUUCAAUCUCUUUCUUGACAUGAAUACAUCUGAGCUAAUAUUUGUUUCUUACUGUUAGAAUUACAGACAGUCAUUGUCUAUAUGUGAUACACAUUGUAAUGGCCUCAGCCCUUAGUGAAGUUAGCAGGCUACGUCUUCUUCGAAGGUUGAUUGGAAAUGGGGUUUAUAUUUUGAGCUCAGCAUCUUUUCCUCUUUGGAAUGCUUUUAGUAGAAGAAUGAGGUUGUUACAUUUCUGUAUUCCUGAAAAUGGGAAUCUAUGAAAAUUCAAAACUAUAGAUCCAUAUUUAGGAAUUAAAAGGAAAUGCUCUUAGGAAUACAGUCAACAAAAUCUUUGUUCUAAGCAACAGCUUGUCUUCCUUUAAUAUCUAUGGUUCCAAUGACAUAUGGCUUUCUCAUAGCUGAUUUAAAAAAUGAAAAAGCUUAUAGAAUGAAGGGAAGAGAUAAUUUGAGAACACAUAUGUGCUCUUCUUCAUAAUUGAUCUCUUAAUUUCUUCAUCCAGGAGAUAAAUCUAUGUAAUUUGAAUGAGAUGGUACUACACACAGUCAGGAGAAAUUAAGUCAGACACUUUCCGUAACAGAUAUGUAUAGGACGAGGUACGCCUUAAAGAGACAAGAUUGGGCAAGAAUGAUGAAAGAGAAACAGAACUAUUAAGUCAGUCAUAACUCUUAUCAGGUGAGAAGAUCUUUGUGAGUCUAAAUACGACAGUAAAAAAGAUUUUGAGGAUAAAAGCUACCCAGUUUAGCAAGUUUAAUUACCCAAGCAAAACUAGUUUAAUUGCCAAAGCUAGAGCAUGUAACAGGAAAUAAAAGGAAAAGGAGGAUCUUUUAAGACCAUAAGAGAAUAAUUCAUUUCUGAGUUCUUUUGGUAUAUUCUAAGUCAAACUCAUGGCAUCACGAGUGGCAUCACGUGACCUAUCGCAACUUUUCCCCCUUCGCUAAACUCUGUGUGUGUGUGUGCGUGUGUGUGGCCAGCGCGUGAUGCAUCUGGCUUGUAGACCGCGAGUUUGACAGCCCUGCUCUAAGAGAUUGUAAUUCCCCUGUAAUUCUCCAGGGUAAAAAGAGGAGUUUUAGAAUGAAGUCCUCUAACAGUUCAGAUUAAUUUCCUAUAAAGAAAAUAUAAGUUGUUCUAUUGUUGCUUAGAAUUUCAAAAUUAAUUCCAAAUAUUAAAUAUUUGGACAGUUUUCCUUGUUUGUUCAGAACUGCAAGGGUAUAGUCCAUUAAAAAGUUUCUUUAUGUAAACGAAUGAUAGUAUGCAAGACAGUAGUUGUCUUCUAUUCAUCUCUGGAGGCUUGAUCAUUAGAACAUCUUGGUAAAUUGUUGUGCUACUUGAAGGUAAUGAUCUGUGAAAUUCUUAUGGUGGAGAUGGUGGUAGAGGCGUUUCCCUGUUCUUUAGCCUGCAAAAAAUGAAGCCAGGCU